AUGGACACCUGUGCAGAUCGUUUACCCAGACUUCCAGCCUGCCAGUUAUGCUAUCAAAAGAAGAUCAAAUGUGACAGCACAAGGCCGAAAUGUACUCCCUGUACGAAAAAUGGGAGCGAAUGUAUCAUUCUGAUUUCGAGUGGAGAAGAAACAUUAUCAAGGGCGGAGAUCAAUCACCUCGAGCAACAAGAGAGGGAGCUUUCCGCGAGACUGCAGAAUCUAGAAGAUGUAGUGAGAACAACUGACCCGACUGAUCAACGUUCCACCGAUGUUGGUCAGACCGUAUCCUCAAUUGAAGGCUCGAACGUGUCACAUGGCGAAGGACUUGGAUUUAUGGCGUCUCUCUUCACUGAUCCAGAUUUAAGAAGAAACAAUACCGAAUUGCUUCAGAUCUUAGCUAAAGUACCGAGCGCUCCCGAGCCAACAGUUGUGCCCUGCGGGCUGCCUUCAUCAGAAGAUGCCGAAGUACUUUUUGAGAAGUAUUUGAGUUGGUCUCAUGUUCUGAAUCCUUGUCUUUGCAGGGACGAAGUCAGAACACUCUAUCGUCGAAUCUUUUCGUCUAGGCCCGAUAAUCGGACAUUUCCAGAUUACGACUUGUUUCGUGCCUUCUUGAUUUUGGCCAUUGGUUCUAUUUUUCCCUACCAAAACGGCACUCACAGUCAACACCCCGAAGGCUACUAUCUUGCAGCACUACAACACAUGGGGGCCGACUUUCUCACUCGAGGCCUAGACUCUGUGCAAGAUUUGCUGUUGGUAUGCCGAUUUGGCAUAUACCAUCGGAUAGGUACCUCGAUUUGGGAUGUAAUUCGACUUUGUGGGCGCCUUUGUAUUGAGCAAGGCUUGCACCUCGAUGAUCGACCACGCCAGAGUCUACUACGCACUCAAAUGGAACGUCGAGUUUUUUGGCAGUUCUAUAUGAUUGACAGAUAUAGCUCUACCCUUCUCGGGAAACCAUUCGCUAUUGAUGAUCAUGAUAUUGAAACUGGCUUUCCAGCAGAUGCCAACGACGAAGACCUUGUUGCCGCGAACCAAUCAAUACGAGACCUUGCCGAAUUUCAAAUGUCUCAUGUUUCACUGGAACCAAAUGAAAUGAGUGUGUUUUUCACAUCAAUCCGUUUGCGACAAAUUUCGUCAAAAAUCCACACAGAGUUCUCAAAACUUGCCCGCAAUCAUUCAGAGCCUUCGCAAAAUCACCUUGCACCAGGCCAUAUAUACACAACGUUGGGUUGUUUGAUGCAGGAGCUUCAAAAGUGGAGAGAUCAUGCACCAAAUUUUCAACAACCAAAGUGUUUAUUCGAAUCCCAAGAUUGGUAUGACCUUUUACUAGCUCGGGAACAGCUUUAUCUAGUCCGACGUGCGAUCGAUCUCCUGCCAAAAAGAGACAGCAAGAUACCAAGGCACGUUUCUAUUCUGUAUCUAAGAACUGCACUUAGCACCAUAAGGGUGUACUCGACCCUUUUUCAACAUCGCCCGCUUAUCACGCAUACACGAAGUUAUUUCCACAUGAUGUUUACUGCUGGCUUAUCAGUCAUGUUUUGUGUUUCUUCGGCAACUGCUCUCGAUCAAGAGGAUGUCCAGAGGGCUUCUGAUGGGUUGCAACAGUGCGAGGAAACCUUGCGGGAUAUGGUAGAACAACUCUCGAGCGCAAGGCACUAUAUCAUUGUCUUUGAAGCCCUCAGGCGCAAUACGUCACGAAAGCUGAACCGCAUCGCGGAAUCUUUACGAUCCAAUGCUAUCGGUAGUGCUGGAAUAAAUGAGCGGUGGAACUCGACCGUAUCUUCCGCAAACUUAGGCAGGCCAUCCUUCAACUUCAGGUCUGGCCUACACACCGAUACAGGGGGUGAAACGACCGGCAACAGGCCUAACUCAGGCGUACAAAGCUAUCAAUCAGCUGAAGAUACCAUGUCAGGCCACUUCAACUUCUCGUUCCCUCUAGAUAGAACAAACGGAGACACCACAUCUUCGCUAUUGAACGUUGGGAGCAAUUAUACUUCUCUUGAAGUUCCCGAGAACUUCUCACCAGAUAGCGACCUAUUUGACUGGGCAUUUCUUAACGACGAUACUUUAUGGAAUAUGGAAACUGUAUUGGGAGAGUAUGUGUAUGGCGACCCAACCAGACAAUAUGGAUUUUUAGAUACCUUUGAGUUUUGA